AUGCAUGGUACAGUAUUUCCUAAAGAUGAUUUUGAUUGUGAGGCAGCAUGUAGAACUCUGAAGGAGGCUAUGGAUGGUCUUGGAACCAAUGAAAGUGAUAUCAUUACAGUGCUGACCUCUCACUCAAAUGCUCAGAGACAAGAGAUAAAAGAGCAGUACAAACAAUUGUUUGGUGAGGAUCUUAUUGAUGACUUAAAGUCUGAGCUUGGGGGAGAUUUUGAAGAUGUCUGCCUGGCACUCUUGGAUCCUCCCCGUGUUUAUGAUGCCCAUGAACUUCACCGAGCCAUUUCUGGGGCUGGAACCAGCGAGAAUCCACUCAUUGAAAUUAUGGUGACAAGAACUAAUGAAGAACUUGAAGAAAUUAAGGAAAUUUAUAGAACUGAAUAUGAAGUGGAAUUGGAAGAUGAUCUGAAGUCUGACACCAGUGGCUACUUCCGCAGAAUGCUAGUUUCUCUGUGCACUGCAUCUCGAGAUGAAGGCUGGUGGGCUGAUCCAGAACUGGCCGCAUCAGAUGCACAAAGAAUAUAUGAUGCUGGUGAGGGCCAAGCUGGUACUGAUGAGUGUGAAAUUAAUUCUGUUCUUUGCCAGAGGACUUUACCUCAGUUACAGGCAACUCUUGUUGCCUACCAAGAACUUACUGGUAAUGAUCUUCGUGAGUCUAUUGAGAGCGAGACCAGUGGUUCUGUACAAGAAGGUUAUUUGGCUAUCCUUGAUGCUGCAAUUGAUUUGAGAAAAUAUUUUGCCAAAUGCAUUUACAACUCUAUGGCUGGAUUUGGAACCAGCGAUUCUGAUCUCAUUCGGCUGAUAGUUUCCAGAAGUGAGGUCGACUUGGAGGUUGUGAAGCAUAUUUUUCAAGAAAUGUAUGAGAAGUCAUUGGCAGAGUGGGUCUCUGAUGAAUGUAGUGGAGACUACAAACGCAUUUUGUUGGCUGUCAUAGAUUGA